AUGCUGCAAGAAGCAGUAGCCACAGCACAAGACGUCUCGAGAUGGAAACACCUCAGAGGGGUUCCAGUGCCCGACCAGGACUGUUCUGUGGAAUUGCUAAUUGAUCAAGACGUUCCGUACUCAUUAAUACCUUUGGAGGUCAGAGUAGGAGGUGGCGGAGCUCCUUUCGCUGUACGAACGCGCCUAGGUUGGACGGUGACCGGACCCGUGGGAUACCAAAUGGCACCUAACGCUACAGAAUGCCUGACGAUACGGAGCAACGAAGUUCUGGAGACGCACUUGGAGAGGCAGGUCAGACUUCUUUCGGAGCUAGAAGGCGAUCACUCCAGAGGCGAUGGAAGUGUAGCCCUCUCGUUGGAAGACAAGAAAAUGCUAGAAAUGUGGACACUCUAUGGCACCAGGGUGGGAAACCACUAUCAAUUCCCAGUACCAUUUAGGAAGGAAUACCCGGACCUCCCCAACAACAAAGCCAUGGCUGAACAGCAACUGAAGAGCUUAAAGGGAAGACUGACGAAGAAUACAAGGCUUUACCAGCGCUACGCUGAAGAGAUGAAGCAAUUGCUGUGUAAGGACUACGCCGAAUUGGUUCCCGCAUCCCAACUCACUGCAAACCCAGGAAAAACAUGGUUCCUCCCACAUCUCCCUGUGUUGAAUCCCAAGAAGCCAGACAAAAUACUCAUCGUCUUUGAUUGCGCCUCUGUUUAUGCCAACACGUCGUUGAACAGUCAAGUGCUCCAAGGACCAGACCUCAACAACAAACUGUUAGGUAUCCUGAUACGAUUUCCCCAGGGAAGGACAGCAAUCAUGGCAGAUAUUGAGGUCAUGUUCCACCAAAUUAGAGUCACACCUGAACAUAGAGGCGCCCUGAGGUUUUUGUGGUGGGACAGUGAAGAUUUGACUCAUGCUCCACGCUUGUAUAGAAUGAAGGUUCAUCUCUUUGAGGGGUGUAGAGUCACAUGGGACUUGGAAAGCGAUCAGUUUGCUGUCAAAACUCAAGUUCAAAGGAAGCCUGCCACAAAAAGAGGACUUCUGAGCGUUGUCAGCUCGGUCUACGACCCUCUUGGCUUCAUAGCUCCGUUUGUCAUUAAGGCGAAACUGUUGUUCCAAGAUGAAUGCCGACGAAGAAGAGGAUGGGACGAACCACUACUGGAGCAUAAUAACGUGGCGUGGAACGCGUGGUUCGAGAAAUUGCCGCGCCUGGCGACACUCGGUGUUCCUCGGUUUUACAAACCUAGAGAUCAUGGUCGAACCGUGUCAGUGCAGCUGCAUAGCUUUUGCGACGCUUCGCAAGUGGCGUAUGGCCUGGCAUCAUACUUGAGACUGACGGACACUGAAGGAAAUAUCCAUUGUUCCUUCAUAUUUGGUAAAGCAAAGUUAGCUCACCUCAAACAACAAACUACUCUCCGACUAGAGCUGAGUGCAGCUGUCUUAGCUGUCAACGCUGACCAGAUGAUAAGGCAAGAGCUGGAGUUGAAAGUCGAAGAGUCGUUCUUUUGGACGGACAACAUGUUGAUUCUCCAAUACAUCGCAAACAUCAGUCGUCGGUUCCACACUUUCGUGGCGAACCGAGUGGCUGUUAUACAGGAACUCUCAGAGACAAAUCAUUGGAGGCCUGUAAACACGUCACUGAACCCAGUAAUUGAUGCAACACGUGGACUCUCUGUGGAGGAAAUGACCGACGGCGGCCGGUGGAUACAAGGACCAGACUUUUUGCGUAAGGGAGAGGAACACUGGCCAGAGAGGUUAAAACUAACCAUGGACUUGAGUGGUGAAGUGGAGGUGAAACGGAACAUAUCCGUCUUGACGACUAGUAGUGCGACCACGACACCCACACAAGAGGUGCAAGCACUGUGGGCAAGGUGUUCAUCAUGGCUUCGUCUACUGAAAGGAGUGGCAUUGCAAAGGAGGUUUGCUAAAUGGCUAAGAGAAGGAAGGGACCAACGGCGGGACAUGCAAAGGGGAUUACACGUAGCCGAGUUAGAGAGGGCAAAGUUGUCAUUUUACGCUCAGUGCAAGAGGAAUGGUAUCAGGACGACAUAA